AUGCACGCUAUCCCCGCUGGGCUUCUCGAUCUACGCUCCGACGCCGAUAUAGACUUUGACCUGUUGCAUCCCCAGCCGCUAACCAGCGUCAAAAAUAUAUGGUUCUUCUGGCACUCGGGCUACAUCAACAUGCACCCUUACACACAGCGCAAUGUACGCGCAUGGCACCGCCGAUUCACAAAGCAAGGAUGGACAAUACGGAUCGUUGACCGACAACCCGGUUCAAAAAGCAACAUCGUCGAGUUCCUGGAUGUUACCGAUCCAACACUUUUCCCACGCGCCUUUGCCGACGAGACUCUCACUGGCCCUUACGCACUACAACAUACUUCAGACCUUGUUUGCUGGCCGUUGCUGUUGCGAUAUGGAGGUGUCUACGCGGACGUGGGUAUGAUGCAAAUUGGAGAUCUGGAUACGCUCUGGCACAAGACAAUCGCGAACCCCGAUUCCCCGUAUGAAGUUCUAUCUUAUACCCCCAGUGGCGAGGAUCAUUACAGUCUAUGUAAUUAUUUCCUCGCCGCAUUGCCCAACAAUGCGCUUUUUGCGCGCUGCCAUCGUCUACUCCUCGCUCUCUGGGCCGCGGAUGGGGGCAAGACGAGCACGGAUGGAAUGUACGCUAGCCCGCUACUUCAAGGAGUUCCUCUCAUGGGCGGCGAGUUUACGAUCACUGAAGAGGAUGGGACUUUCAUUGGCCCCACCGAGGUCAGUCGCCUGUUGACCGACUAUAUUAUCCAAGGUCAAGUGGCGAGUGCGGUAAUGGGAUUGGUUGAUGCCGAAGAUGACUGGAAUGGCCCUGCCUACUGCGUGGCACAUUUCUAUGCGAUCGAGUUCAUGGAAGGGUCGCAGCUCAUCAACGAGUUAACUGCUUGGAACGGCCAGGAGGCAUUCGAUCUGUUGUCGCUAUCCAUGCCAAAAGAGGGGAAACAAGAGUCUGGCGAGCAACAGAAGGCUCGUGAGAUUGUUGAGGCUUGUUUGUCGCGCAGCUAUGGGUUCAAGCUGGCUCAUGGCCUCAUUCUGCGCGUCAACAAGGUCACGCUCGGCUCGCUGUGGCAGGACAAUCCCGGGUCGGAUACUGUGCCCGGCACAUAUGCCGGUUGGCUUCGACAUGGGAUUGCCUACUGGAAUCAAAACGAUGUGCCGGGUUGCGUGAAACUGCCGUUGUUACCUCCAACCAAGGUCGGGAAGUUACUUGCAUGA